CUUCUAUAUCUAUAAUAAAUAUCAAACGAGAAAAAAAUGCGCUCGGUUACGAUUUUACUCAUCACACUCGGUGUCCUUUUGAGUUUCGCACAAGCUAAACUAUCAACUGAUGUAAAGCGUGCAAGAUUUAAUCGGCUGAAUAAAAAAAGAGCAUUGAUAGGAGAUAUCCUUAACUUUCAAGGCGGUGAUCUUAUUUCGUUAUUCGGUAGCAGGUAUGAUCUUGGUUCCAGCUACGGCCAGCGCAAUAAUAAUGAUUAUACAAUUAAUAGUCAUAACAAUGAAAUGCCAUCUAUGGACCCAGAUUUUCCAUUUGAUGGGUUCUUUGAUGACAAGGACUUUCUUGACGAUCCUGAGGUACCUGGUGAUGGGGACAUAGUUGACGAUGGCGACAGAGAUUUUCUUGAUGAUGAUGACAGGGACUUUCUUGAUGAUCCUGUUUUCCCUGGGGAUGAUACUGAUUUGCCUAGCGAUGGCGAAUUUAUUGGAGGCCAAGCUGGGAUCAAUGGCAACCGUAUCAAUCAACUGAACAAUGCAGAUGAUGAUGAGGAUGACGAAGACGAAGA